UGUGUUGGUGAGGAGUGGGGGGGGGAAGAGAAAGGUGUUUUUGUGGCGCGGAACCGGUGCAGGACCGCCGUGGAUCCCGGAACCGGCUGCUGUUCGGGGGUGUGGUGGGCGGGGCGGGAAGGAUAUGCGUGAGAGGCGAAAGACGGACCUUCCCGUAAUGAGCCACCUUGUGCUCCUGCUGUCUGAAGGAUUAAGAAGCGUUGUGGGGUCUACCGUAAUUCCUUCUCUAAGCUCCUCCACACACUUUCUCCACACUGUGCCAGAAAACUCAUGAGCAAAAAUAAACAUCUCAUAAGACUACUCGGAAUUCACAGGACCCAUAACAGCCAUCUCUGAGCCAAUCCCUCCCUUUUCCUGCUGUAACUUUGGAUCAACUUCGCAUCAUCCCCCCCGCCCCCCAUGAGAACUUUGUCUGAAAUCACAGCCGAAGAAAAUGGACAUACCAAUCAAGACACUCUAGGUGGCUUCAACAAGAGGCAGCUGGUGAAUGCCCAAGUCCUACAAGAUCCAUGUGCCCUCCUGAUGUUGUUAGGAUCUGCUGUUGCCUUGAUUUCUGUGGAUUAACUGAUCCCUCUUAGGGGAACAGUGCUGCAGAAAGUGGAGAUGCAAAAGAGCUUGGGAUCUGAUCAGUGUCUGGAUAGGAGGAACCACGUGGAGAUGCAUGAAUCAUGGCUACAACAAACCCUCUGGAGAAUCUCCAGGUGGAAGCCAGCUGCUCUGUCUGCCUGGAAGCAAAUCUGGAAAGGACUCCUCGUGCAGAUUAUUGACUGCGUGGCCAGCUAACUCCUUUGUCGAAGCUUGUGAAUCACCUCAUGGCUAUGGGAGUGAGCUGGAACCUGGAAUUCCCUUUGCCCCGUCUCAAGGGCCGCUAGAAGACUCUCAUCAUUACCGCUCCCUGAAGCCCAACCGGCAGCUGGGCAACAUGGUAGAGAUAGCGAAGCAGUUGCAGGUCACCAACAACAAGCGCAAGGUGCGGGAUGAGAACUUGUGUGAGAAACACAACGAGGUGCUCCGCUUUUACUGCAAGGACGAUAAGGAGGCUGUUUGUUUAUUGUGUGAGAUUUCCCAUGAGCACCGGAACCAUGCGGUCGUACCCUUGGAUGAUACCUCCCUGGAGUACAAGGAAAAGCUGCAAAAGUGCCUGUCGCCCCUGGAACGGAAGCUGCAGGACAUUGCUCACUGCAAAUCCCAGGAGGAAAAGAAGCCCGGAGAGCUUAAGCGGAAAGUCGAGAAUCGCCGCCAGCUCAUCAUCAGCGAGUUUGAGGAGCUGCAUCAGUUCCUGGAGGAGGAGCAGCAGAUACUUCUUUCACGCCUGGAGGACGAGGAGAAAGAGAUUCUGCAGAAGCUGAAGGACAACGUGACUCAGCUGUCAGAGCAGCGGAUCUCCCUCAACAGCCUCAUCACAGAGAUUGAGGAGAAGUGUUUACAGUCAGGCAUAGAGAUGCUCCAGGAUGUCAAUAACACUCUGGAAAGGUAAGGGCCCUUUCUUUCUCUGUCCUUCCCAGUAUUCUGGCAGAUGCCUAGUCGAUGUUUAUGGGCCAAUCCUUCUCCCAAAAUGCCAAAGGAAAAGUCGCAGCAGCAGCUCUAAUGCACAAAAGACAUUAUAAUGUAUUUUAUAUCCUGGAGCAUUUAAAAUUUGGAAAGGAUGAGAUCUCUGCAGCAAUAAAGGCCAAACAGCCCAGGUAGAAAAGGUAAAUGUUGCAGCUGGUAUGAAUUAGGGGGCUUAAUGAAGACAACAUGUUUCCUUGAA